GGUGACGUAGGAAAAGAUGGAGAGAAAACACAUGUCCGCCUUUGCUUUAUAUCAAACUGUCCCGAACACAAAUAUUUCCCCUCCUGCUAAGAAACCCGCGUUGCCGGUCCCCGUUAAAAAGAAGAAGAAAAAGAAGGACAAAGUGAAAGUGGCUGCAGCUCCAAAGCUCGGAACACAAAUGAAGGCUGAGAAGAAGAAGGUGAAAAAGAAGCUGAAGAAGGCUGCAGAGAAAGAGACGAGGAAGCAGGAGGUUAUAAAGUUUCAUCAGCAGUCGGAGAAACCUGUUGAGGAGGAUGCCGGGUAUGUCCAUGAUUUGCUGGCAAACCUGGCGGGAAUCAACAACAGCAGGGAGCGAGCGAGCAAGCUGUUUCAGUGGCUCAUAGACCCCAUUCCUGCCAAGACAUUUUUCAGGGACACAUGGGAAAAGAAGCCCAUUUUUGUUCAACGCAAAAAUCCCCAUUAUUACAAGGGAUUGUUUUCCACUGCCGAGUUUGAUCGCAUACUGAGAGAGGAUGACGUUCAGUUUGGAGUGAACCUGGAUGUUACAAGUUACACUCACGGCAAAAGAGAAACACACAAUCCUCCAGGGAGAGCGCUGCCAUUCACAGUGUGGGACUUCUAUGAGAGUGGCUGCUCCCUCCGCCUGCUCAACCCCCAGGCUUUCUCCUCCACUGUGUGGAACGUGCUGUCCAUCCUCCAAGAGCAGUUUGGCAGCAUGGCAGGAGCCAACAUAUAUCUGACGCCAGCCAGAACGCAAGGCUUCGCUCCACAUUAUGACGACAUCGAAGCGUUUGUGGUUCAGCUGGAGGGGAAGAAGCACUGGAGAGUGUACAGCCCCAGGUCAGAAGACGAAGUCUUGCCUGUGCUUUGAAGUCCAAACUUCAGCCAGGCAGACAUUGGGAAACCCAUCCUGGACGUGGUGCUGGAAGCCGGGGAUCUGCUUUACUUUCCUCGUGGAUUCAUCCAUCAGGGCAACUGUCUCCCCGACGUGCACUCUCUACACAUCACCAUCUCCUCUUACCAGAAGAACAGCUGGGGGGACCUCCUGCAGAAGGUGGUUCCUGCUGCUUUAGAGAUCGCCAUGGAGGAGGAUGUGGAGUUCAGACGGGGAUUACCUCUGGAUUAUCUCACAUACAUGGGAGUGCAGAACUCUGACAUGGAUGACCCACGCAGGGUAAAAUUCUUCUCUCAGAUCGAGUCUCUGAUGAAGAGGCUGUUCAAUUACGCCCCGGUGGAUGCCUCCGUGGAUCAGAAAGCAAGAGACUUCCUCCAUGACUGCCUGCCUCCUGUUCUCACUCCAGAGGAACUGGCCAGCAGUGUGCGCGGGGCACCAACCAGGUGGGAGGAUGGACGAGUUAAAGACGUGGGUGUCCACAUCACCACCCAGACACAAGUCCGAAUCCUGCGUGCAGGCUGUGCCAGGUUAUGCAGCGACGGAGAUACAGUUCAUCUGUACUACACCACGAACAACUCCAGAGUUUACCACAAAGAGGAGCUCCAGAGUUGUGAAAUAAAACCAGAGCUCACAGACGCGGUGGAGUUUCUGAUCCAUUCAUACCCUCAUUUUGUGAAAGUAGAAAGCCUCCCCUGUGACUCUGUGCAGGACAGGAUUGCUUUGGCUGAAUUGCUUUUUGAGAAUGGGAUUAUCCACACUGCAGAAGCGCUGUAGAGGCCCCACAUUCUUCAGUCACGCUGGCUGCGUGGACACAUUCAAAAUACUCUUGUCCUAAAUGAAACUGUUGAACUGGUGCUAUAAGCAUUGGCUCUGCGAGAAAUGAAAACUUAAUUCAAAACUGUCUGCUUGAUUUCACAUAAACUUUUUUUCUC